AUUACCGUGCGAACAUUUUCUCACAGGCCUUCCCACCCCCCACGACCACCACUGUACACGACGAUCCUCCAUUUUCCCCAAGAUUUCCAGACCACCAGGGUAAUAAAUUCUCCAGCGGUUGUUGCGGUUCUUGCUGCGAACGUGCAUGCGUAAUUUCAGCCCAGCAAAAAUUGAAAAAAUUGCAACUCCGCAACCGUGUAUCGACGCGUCCCUUGGACUCAACCUUCCCUCCUUCCCCUCUCUCUCUCCCUUUCCCUUCGUCUCAAGUUCUCAGAAAUUAUUCCUUUCCCUCGCUAAUUUAUAUUCGAAUUCCCCGCUUCUGUCCUUCCCUCCCCGCCUCCCCUCUCCUCUCCCUUUCGCUCUUCGACUCGUCCCUCCCCUUCUUUCCGCGCCCAUGGAAUCCCGCGUCUCAAUUCUCUCCCCUUGCUCAUCCGCCCAAUCUCGUCCCAAAACCCGGGAGGACGCCGGAGCGGCGGAGGGCCGCAACGCCCGAGAACUAGGCGGCGUCGGAGAUCCCAUUGCCGCCCAGCCUCUGCGGCGGCGGCCUCUCGGCAAGGGAAAGGGGGUUAGGGUUUCUACCUCCAAGGCCAAAACCGUGCCAAAGGAUGCCGCUUCUUCUUCUUGUUCGUCUUCCUCGUCGUCUUCUGCCGCCUCCCGUCCCCGCCAGCUGCAGACGAGAGGGGUGCGCCUGAGGAGCAGAUGGCGAAGCCCGUGGGCGUCUCCGGGUGCGCGGCGCGGCGAUGAUGAGGAUCUCCAAGAUCUUGCUCUUCCGCUUGGAAUGUCUUUCGCCGCUGUGGUUGCUCAUGUUUUGGAUGGGAAGACUGCCUUAGGGGACAGGAUACCAGUAGAUCGACUUUCCAUGAUCUGCACUUCAGCAGUGAAAGCAUCUGUAACAAAUAUAUAUGGUGACAGAUUUGAAUGUUUCUUGAGAAACUUUGAAAAAUCAUUUGGCAGCACUUUGAAGACCCUUCGGCUAAUUAAUGAAACAUCCACUAUUGAGCAAGGAAAUACUAGUAGUUCACUUAUCAAUAGCAGCUGUGAUAGUGCACCUAUCUUGGAUAUUCCUGAAGCCCCCAACACCAUUGAAGAGUUUCAAGAGAAUCCAUCAUUGAAUUCCAUGAAUCAACUUGUUCUUCACGGGCAUAUAACUCAGCAGCUUGCCCAUGUUUCUCAUGGAGUGGCCAAUCCUGGACUAAAUCAAUCCAUUCUGAAUACAUUUGAGAGAUCUAUUAUGGAAAAGACUCGCUCAAAUGAUCUCAAGGCAGUUGAGUUAGGUCUAAUAAUGAAAAAAUUGCAAAUGAAGCAAUCUCAGUUAGCUCUCAAUUCCUAUGCAAAUUUGUUAGAGAAGAUAAAGAUAUGCAUGGGUAUCUCAAAAGCUUCCUUCAAAGAAGAGAAACUAAGGAAUCAGAUCCAGGAUAUGAAGCAUGCAGAACUCCUCAAAAGGUGCAUAGACCUUCUUGUCACUGGCUUAAUUAUCAUGUCUGGCUUCCUUUUAUAUGGAGCAUCCAUCUAUUCAUACCAACGCAUCACGGAGGCAACAUCAGCCUGCACAUCCACCUUUAAAGAGUCUAGAUCUUGGUGGAUCCCAAAGCCAGUGGCAUCUUUCAGUUCAGGCUGGCUUAUGCUGAGAUGUCACUUUGUAGCCCUAACCCGUAUGUCAUUUGGCAUAUUGAUGAUUUUGGCAAUUGCUUACUUGCUUUUCCAACGUUCAGCAAUGUCUGGGCCAACUAUGCCUGUGACAUUCAUUCUCCUGUUGUUAGGAGGUGUUUGUGGUUUUGCUGGAAAGUUUUGUGUUGACACAUUAGGGGGAAAUGGUUAUUGCUGGCUUUUGUAUUGGGAGGUUCUCUGUCUGCUUCAUUUCUUUGCCAGUGUGUUCCCAUCCACUUUUUACCAUAUUCUUUAUGGCCCUGUUUCUGUGUCUCAAGGAGCUAAGGUGAUCAGGCUACCAUACUGGAUCAGGCGAUACACAUUCUAUGGGAUCCUGUUACUGGUUCUUCCCACGUUGUCCGGUUUGUUGCCUUUUGCAUCUAUUCAUGACUGGAAGGAUCACUUCUCUGAGAAGAUCAUGCUUUGGAGUUUGGGAAAUGAGUCUGAAGUUUGAAGAAUAUCAGAGAUGGAUUUAUGGGCCUGAGUUAUUUUUCCUGUCUAAUUGUUGGCUGCUGCUUCACCUGGGUUUUAUAAGCUUUCAGCUAGAUGGUGUUUGCUAGUGGUGAAAACCUUAAUAUGACGGUCAUUGUUCAUAUACUAUUUAUCAGAAAUAAGUUCAAGUUUUUCAUGUAUUUUUCUUUAUGGUACAUUGAGUUGUACUUUUGUUGUAUUCUUAAUGUAUAACUGAUGCUGGCAUUUUUUAUCUUGAGAAAUUCUGUAGGCUUUUUCAGUAUGACAUCUGUAGAUUGGCCAAUUGUAGCUUGGAGUCUUUGGACUGCGGAUAUUAUGCAAGCACAUUAUUGAUUUUACUCUAGUUGUUGCCAGGAAUAGACACUACUGAGGCAAUAGCUUUGAAAAACAUAAAUUCUAUAAAAGGUGGUGGUGGCAGCUGGCAGUGGCAGCGGUGACAAGGGGUCCAGGCAGUUGCAGUGGCGGCGGUGAUAAGGGGUACAGGCAGUUGCAGUGGCGGCGGUGAUGAGGUGAUGGUUGCAGGGGCGGUGGUGGCAUUGGCGACACGAUAAAAGAGAAUAUGUCUCUCCUUUCAGAACAAGUGAAAGCCAUUUUUUAAUAGCUUUCACUUUUUCAAAACCAAACUUGAGUAUUUUAAAUAUUAAAAAUAAUAACUGUUCUAUCAAGCAGGGUUUUUGCCUCAGUUUUUUUUUUUUUUUUUAAAUGCUGAAAAUCAAAAACUGCAGUGGUACUCCACAAGGCCUUAAGAUUCAAGAUCUUAGUAAGUACAAAUAUAGUGAAGCAGGCUAUAAUUCUGUAUUUGUAACAUAAAUACUGAGAUAACAUCAAUUCACCAAUCCUGUGGACUUGGCUAAUGCAUUGUUCUGCCGAAAAUCAUUUGUCUUUCUGCAUCAGAAAUCUUUCUUUCCAGUUUUGCCAUUAGCAAUGUUGUACAGAGAUGUAAUUCCUGAUGUUGUUGGCAUUCUAAUAUGUAAGAGGUGGCUCAAGUUGAGCAACAUAUUUUCUUUUCUGAUUUCAAGUUCUCAAUGCAUUUAUAGAUUAUAUGCUGAUCCAUAUAUCAGCAUCAUAUGGAUAGCAUAAGGCUUCUGCAGGUUAAAUUUAAUGCCAAUUUGAAGUUUUAGAAAUAAACCAGCAAAUGUUAACCUGUAAUUAACCAAGGUUUCCUGAACCAAUAUCGGGUGGUACUGGUCAAGAAGUAGGUUGGUAUGGUAUGACAAUUGAUGAGAAACAAGAGGAAGAAUGCAGUGGGAUGGUCGUUCUCCUCUGUUUUAGCUUGUGAUGGCCCCGGAACUGGCGGGAACUGGUCUGAAUUGAGCCAAGCUGAGGUUCAAGCUGAUUCCUAUCUUGUCCUGAACUGAAGUCAGGAAUGGUCCCGGUUCUGCACUGGUUUGGUUCGCCAUGCCCUGAAUCAGGUGUUUUGGGAUUGCUCCUCCUUAUUAACAAAUGCAAUUUUUAUGUUUCAGGAUGUUGCACAAAAGUAUAGAAGGCACACUUUGUUUGUGUUCUUUCAGUAAAUGGCAUUGUGAUCAUCUGAUGUAACCCUCCUUAGCAACCUCUAGUGGACUCGUAAACUAUGAGGGUUGUAAUCUUGGAACCCGCAAUUGAUAUAUCAGUUCAUUUUCACUGCACAAUCUCAAAAAAUAUCAAGCUUUUUUACCCUCUUCAUCUCUGCUGAGUUGAUGCUUUUGUGCACAUAUUGAGCAUUUGAUGUUCACAUGGAACUUGAUCACAAGUCUGGCGAACAAUUUAUGUUUUUGAUAUAGCAGAAGUGGGAAGGAUCUUAUAGGUGGUGGUUGUAAAUCCCGAUCUGCACUUAUGAAGUUACUUAAAGUCUUAGUUUUUGGCAUACUAAUAUUCCUGAGCCCUUGCAUUUUUUUCAUCUUUGUGUGUUAUUCUGAUAAAAUUGCACCCUUGCAUUUUGGGCUGAUAUAAAAGGUAACUAGAGCUUCCAUGAUUUUGACUUGACUAAUUUUCCCUUGGUUUCGACUUUUCAAUGACAUCUGUUUUCACUUUUAUAUGUUUUUAUGGUUGAUAUGCAGGGUGAUUCGAAAUUUUGGACACUCUUUGGCUCACUUCUGCUGCCAGAGUCUGGUCACCAGCUUGGCUGAACCCGAGGGCAGUGUGCCGCUGGCUGUUCCUGAUGGUAGGAGCUUGAAAUGUUAGCUGUGAAGUGGUAGGACUCCUAUCAGCAGCAUCUUCUGCAUGUGGAGGAAUACUACUUCAAGUGGAAUACCAUGAAUACAAAGGGUGGUUUUGGGCUGUUUAUUUUGCCAGCAAGUAUGCCUGCUGGAAGAGUACAUGCUUAUGGUCCUUCAUAGAUCACACCUAGCGAGUCCCCUCGCAGUCCUAAGAGCUUGCUUUGCUGGAGCACUGACUCAUGUGAAAAUAACAACCAGCAUGUCUUAUUGAGCAUGCAAUGGAGAUAACUGAUGUACCUGGAAGUUUUAAGGUGGAUGUGGUCUGUUUAAUAGCGGAUGAAGUAGAAGCUGGUGAACCCUUCAGGUCCUGCUGCAUCAACCAUUGAGCUUUUGCUCCCAGUGGAACAAUGGGGGUGGUCCACCUGCACAGGGCACACAGAGUAAAUUCACUAGCAGCCUCAGAAGCCUAUGCACCCAAAGCACCAGCACAUGCAAUAAAGCAGCUUGCCAUUAAUUUGGUGGACAGCUGUAUUAUUCAUGUUCUAACCUUUACUUUCCCUUCUCUUUUUCCUUAUAAACAUUAUCUUCCAUCCCAAAAAUCAUUUUUGAAAGGAACUUAUAGCUUUUAUAUAGGAUCCUAUUUAAUCUUUUUAGCAGGUGGUUGUUUCGUUAAUCUUAGAUGCAAUGUCUUUAGUUAUCAAAUAUGAUCAUGUGUUAUUGCUCC